CAGGCGGAGAAAGGUGCGGUCCAACCCGCGGAGGCUCGACCCGGAAGCCUUCGUGGCCGCCGCACGAGCUCCGCUCGUCUCUUGUCUGGGGAGCUACGUGUCGCACCGGGUUUUUGGGCCGGCCGUGUUCUCCUCCCUCGGUCGCCACUGGCCCAUGAGUCCCCAUGGCGACGGCAGGGGCCAGGCCCGGGGGCGGGCAGUCGGAGUGGGGCUGCGGCACUCCGGGGGCAUCCGCGGCGGCAUGGCCGUGUUCGCUGCCGUGGCCGCAGUGUUCACCCUCACCCUGCCCCCCUCGGUACCGGGGGGAGACUCCGGGGAACUGAUCACAGCCGCACAUGAGCUUGGAGUUGCCCAUCCUCCUGGCUAUCCUUUGUUCACGCUGGUGGCUAAACUGGCAAUUACACUGUUUCCUUUUGGUUCAAUUGCCUACCGCGUCAAUCUUCUCUGUGGCUUAUUUGGAGCAGUAGCUGCAUCAUUACUUUUUUUCACCGUUUUCAGGCUUUCUGGCUCAUCUGCUGGAGGAAUCCUUGCUGCGGGGGUGUUUUCAUUUUCUCGUCUAACAUGGCAGUGGUCCAUUGCAGCAGAGGUUUUUAGCUUAAACAAUCUGUUUGUGGGGCUGCUUAUGGCUCUUACUGUACAUUUUGAGGAAGCAGCAACUGCUAAGGAGAGAUCAAAGAUAGCUAAAAUUGGUGCUUUCUGCUGUGGCCUUAGUUUAUGUAACCAGCACACAAUAAUACUCUAUGUUUUGUGCAUAAUACCUUGGAUUCUCUUUCAACUUUUAAAAAAGAAGGAACUCUCCCUGGGCUCUUUGUUGAAGUUGAGCCUGUACUUCUCUGCUGGUUUGCUGCCCUAUGUCCACCUUCCCAUCUCAUCUUACCUUAAUCACGCCCGGUGGACCUGGGGAGACCAGACAACACUGCAAGGAUUUUUGACACAUUUUCUCAGGGAAGAAUAUGGAACCUUCAGCCUGGCCAAAUCUGAAAUUGGAUCCAGUAUGUCUGAAAUAUUGCUUUCUCAAGUAACAAAUAUGAGGACCGAACUCUCAUUCAACAUCCAAGCCCUUGCAGUUUGUGCAAAUAUAUGUUUAGCAAGAAAGGACAGACAGAAUCCAUCAUUAGUAUGGCUUUUUACUGGAAUGUUUUGCAUUUAUUCAUUGUUCUUUGCUUGGAGAGCAAAUUUAGAUAUUUCAAAACCACUUUUCAUGGGUGUGGUGGAACGAUUCUGGAUGCAGAGCAAUGCAGUAGUGGCCGUCCUCGCUGGCAUUGGUUUGGCUGCAGUUGUGUCUGAGACUAACCGAGUGCUGAAUAGCAAUGGGCUUCAGUGUCUGGAAUGGCUUUCUGCAACUCUUUUUGUAGUUUACCAAAUAUAUUCUAAUUACAGUGUUUGUGACCAAAGGACCAACUAUGUGAUCGAUAAGUUCGCAAAGAACCUUCUCACCUCUAUGCCUCAUGAUGCAAUUAUCUUACUCAGAGGAGAUUUGCCAGGAAAUUCUCUCCGUUACAUGCACUACUGUGAGGGGAUGAGGCCUGACAUUUCAUUAGUGGAUCAGGAAAUGAUGACUUACGAGUGGUAUUUACCCAAGAUCGCAAAGCACUUGCCAGGUGUCAACUUUCCUGGGAACCGGUGGAAUCCUGUGGAAGGAAUAUUACCUAGUGGAAUGGUCACAUUUAAUCUUUAUCAUUUUCUUGAAGUAAAUAAACAAAAAGAAACAUUUGUUUGCAUAGGAAUUCAUGAAGGCGACCCAACCUGGAAAAAGAACUAUUCACUUUGGCCAUGGGGGUCUUGUGACAAAUUAGUUCCUUUGGAGAUUGUAUUCAACCCUGAGGAAUGGAUUAAACUUACAAAAAAUAUCUAUAACUGGACCGAAGAAUAUGGAAGGUUUGAUCCAUCUUCUUGGGAAUCUGUAGCCAAUGAAGAAAUGUGGCAAGCGAGGAUGAAAACACCGUUCUUCAUCUUUAACCUGGCAGAAACUGCUCACAUGCCUUCAAAAGUGAAAGCUCAACUCUACGCUCAUGCAUAUGACAUGGAGGAAGGAGCCAGGAGUAAAAGAGUGCAGGCCGCCUCUGGAGGAAGUUGGAAACAGAGUCUCCUCUAGAGCCUCCUGAAGGAACGCAGUCAUGCUGGCUUUAUGACUUCUCACCUCCAGAAGUGUGAGAUAAUAAAUGUAUGUUGUUUAUUUGUUACAGUGGCAAUAGGAAACUACUAUAAUAGCUUCAUUUAAAACAAGUUCUAGCUGGUUACUCUGUCUGCAAAGGUCAUGACCCUGGCUACACUUGAAAUGAUAGGGCCGUGGCUUGUUGAGAUUUCACUAGAAGAGAUAAAGAGUCAUGGAGAGUGGCUCUGUCUUCUAACUGUGGCCCCAGGAAGCCAAACCAACCUUCGGAAGACACAACCACACUGAAGGUCUUGCACAAAUGAUGGUCUUGCACAAAUUGGUCCUUUCUGAUGGGAAGCGGGAGCAGAUACAAGAGGCUUGCUGUGGCACUACUGUAACCAAGUCUCUGCUUUGCUGUGACUUACGGCACCGGCCACUUUGGAUACUUGCAGAGUCUGCUCUAUAGGAAACUAAUAUCCUGACAAGGGCCAAUGAAAACAGAGGGUAGGACCUGUAUAUAUGAGCAGCUGAGAUAUUUCUGCCAUCUUUAGACUGCUGUGGUUCUACUCAGCCAGGACAAGUGUUUGGUGCUAAGACAAAAUAGCAUGGUGUCCAACCAGUAUGACUAGUUUUACUCCUCAAUUAUGAUCUCUGGUUCCUUAUUUAUUCACUUAUUCAUUCACUCACAAAGCAUUUCUCGAGCACCCACUCCAUAGCAAAUAGUGUGUUGGAGACAAUUAAGUCUUAUCCCUGCUAUCAAAAAGGUGGCAGGCUAGAGAGGGAGACAGAAGAUCAAGUCCUCAGUCACAGUUCAGUCUUGUGAGUGCUGUGAGAGGCACACAAGGGUGCUACAGAAACCCAGAGCCCUGGACCAGAGCAAGCUGGGAAGUAGGCUGGUGAGGGAGGGAGGAAGGGAAGGCUUCCAGAGAAGAUGUCAUUGGAGUGUCAUCUUGAAAGAUCAGAAGGAGCUAACCAGCGAGAUGGUAGGGCAAGGAAGUGAGAGAGGGAGGGGAAAGCAGUCCAUAAGGAGCAAGCCAUGGGGGCAAAGGCAGAACCCUCCGAGACACCCCACUUGAGGAUACCUGAUUAUAGAAGGCAGCAUGCUGGAGUUCUGUCUGGCAGUAGGGAGGCCCAGCUUCUAGGCACACUCUGCCAUUAGUUGUCAACUGUGAGUCAAUGAACCUUUCUAGGCCUUAAUUUUUUUUUUCUAAAAAAGAAAAAAAAAAGGGCUUUAAACUUGAAAAGAUCGCCUUUCAUAUCCUGUUCAUAUAAUAAUCCUGUUUAUCUCUAAUACCUUGUAAUUCUAUGAAAAACAAGUAGUAUUUAGUUGGGAGAAAUCUGAGACUUACUGAUACUUUAUAUUCUCAUCAGCUACCUCUUCCAUGGUCAGUUGUUAGGCUACUACUAAAGCUCGUUUGUGGAUUUAUUGUCCCUUUGGGUCAGCAAGCUGUAUUUUUUUUUCAGUGAAUACAGAUGAUUGGUAUCACCUUUGCAUAGUCUCCAGAUGUGUGACAAUGUUUACAAGACAAAUGAGGCCAAUUACUUCAUGGUAAUUACUGAAUUACCACCCCCAGUGCUAGUUUUUCAAGAAUGUUCUCCUUAGGUGUAAAGAAUAUAUUUUUGCUGUUUAUAUUAUCCUACUCAAUAGCUCAUACAGAAUAUUAAGUUCAGGUGACUUAAUAAUUUAAGUGUGGUCAGGGAGCAGGGCAGGGAGUAGGCAAUGCUAUAGGAAUAAAUUGGAUAAUUUGAAGGUGUCUCCAACUAACAAUACAUCCACUAAGACUAAUACCACAGCAACACAUGUAUAUAGAGGAGGAAAUACAAUUCCACAUAAUGAAGAAUGAUGGGCUUCUUAAGAUAUGGUAUAUGUGACUUAAUAGGACAUCUAAAAUAAGUUGAUAAUGUGUCAGUAACAAAAUGUUCCAGAAAAAGGUAGCACAGUUGUCCUGCUGCCUGAAGACUAGUAGGUGGGUCAUGAAUGAGCCUCCAUUCUCUGGAGCAGUUGGGGAAAUGCUUCUGGAAGUAUUGGCAUCUAUUUUGGACUUCAACACCUUGGUGCGGGGUGGUGGGUUGGGGAUGGUUAAUAGGUACAAAAAUGUAGUUAGACAGAAUGAAUACAAUCUAGUAUUUGAUAGCACAACAGGGUAACUACAGCCAACAUUAUGAUACAUUUAAAAAUAACUAAAAGAGUAUAAUUGGAUUGUAAUACAAAGAAGGGAUAAAUGCUUGAGGUGAUGGAUACCCCAUUUACUCUGAUGUGAUUAUUAUGCAUGGCAGGCCUGUAUCAAAAUAUCUCAUGUACCUUAUAAAUAUAUACACCAACUGUGUACCUGCAAAAAUUAAAGUAACAAACAUCAAGCUAACAGGUAUAUAUUUGUAUAGAAAUAUGUAUUAUAGGAGGUGGAGCCAAGAUGGCUGAAUAGGAACAGCUCCAGUCUACAGCUCCCGGCAUGAGUGACACAGAAGACGGGUGAUUUCUGCAUUUCCAACUGAGGUACCAGGUUCAUCUCACUGGGGAGUGCCGGACAGUGGGUGCAGCGCACCAUGCGUGAGCCAAAGCAGAGCAAGGCAUCGCCUCACCCGGGAAGCACAAGGGGGCAGGGAAUUCCCUUUCCUAGUCAAAGAAAGGGGUUACAGAUGUCACCUGGAAAAUCGGGUCACUCCCACCCUAAUACUGUGCUUUUCCAACGGGCUUAACAAACGGCACACCAGGAGAUUAUAUCCCGCACCUGGCUUGGAGGGUCCUACGCCCACGGAACCUCACUCAUUGCUAGCACAGCAGUCUGAGAUCAAACUGCAAGAUGGCAGCAAGGCUGGGGGAGGGGCACCCACCAUUGCUGAGGAUUCAGCAGGUAAACAAAGCAGCUGGGAAGCUCGAACUGGUUGGAGCCCACCACAGCUCAAGGAGGCCUGCCUGCCUCUGUAGGCUCCACCUCUGGGGGCAGGGCACAGACAAACAAAAGGCAGCAAUAUCCUCUGCAUACUUAAAUGUCUGUGUCUGACAGCUUUGAAGAGAAUAGUGGUUCUCCCAGCAUGCAGCCUGAGAUCUGAGAAUGGGCAGACUGCCUCCUCAAGUGGGUCCCUGACCCCCGAGUAGCCUAAGUGGGAGGCACCCCCUAGUAGGGGCGGACUGACACCUCACACGGCUGGGUACUCCUCUUGAGACAAAGCUUCCAGAGGAAUGAUCAGGCAGCAGCAUUUGCAGUUCACCAAUAUCUGCUGUUCUGCAGCCACCGCUGCUGAUACCCAGGCAAACAGGGUCUGGAGUGGGCCUCCAGCAAACUCCAACAGACCUGCAGCUGAGGAUCCUGACUGUUAGAAGGAAAAUUAACAAACAGAAAGGACAUCCACACCAAAAACCCAUCUGUACGUCACCAUCAUCAAAGACCAAAGGUAGAUAAAACCACAAAGAUGGGGAAAAAACAGCAGAAAAACCAGAAACUCUAAAAAUCAGAGUGCCUCUCCUCCUCCAAAGGAAUGCAGCUCGUCACCAGCAACAGAACAAAGCUGGACAGAGAAUGACUUUGAUGAGUUGAGAGAAGAAGACUUCAGAAGAUCAAACUACUCCGAGCUAAAGGAGGAAGUUCAAACCCAUGGCAAAGAAGUUAAAAACCUUGAAAAAAAUUAGAUGAAUGUAUAACUAGAAUAACCAAUGCAGAGAAGUCCUUAAAGGACUUGAUGGAGCUGAAAACCAAGGCACGAGAACUACCUGACAAAUGCACAAGCCUCAGUAGCCAAUGCGAUCAACUGGAAGAAAGGGUAUCAUCAAUGGAAGACGAAAUUAAUGAAAUGAAGCGAGAAGUUUAGAGAAAAAAGAGUAAAAAGAAACGAACAAAGCCUCCAAGAAAUAUGGGACUAUGUGAAAACACCAAAUCUACGUCUGAUUGGUGUACCUGAAAGUGAUGGGGAGAAUGGAACCAAGUUGGAAAACACUCUGCAGGAUAUUAUCCAGGAGAACUUCCCCAACCUAGCAAGGCAGGCCAACAUUCAAAUUCAGGAAAUACAGAAAACGCCACAAAGAUACUCUUCAAGAAGAGCAACCCCAAGACACAUAAUUGUCAGAUUCACCAAAGUUGAAAUGAAGGAAAAAAUGUUAAGGGCAGCCAGAGACAAAGGUUGGUUACCCACAAAGGGAAGCCCAUCAGACUAACAGCUGAUCUCUUGGCAGAAACUCUACAAGCCAGAAGAGAGUGGGGGCCAAUAUUCAACAUUCUUAAAGAAAAGAAUUUUCAACCCAGAAUUUCAUAUCCAGCCAAACUAAGCUUCAUAAGUGAAGGAGAAAUAAAAUCCUUUACAGACAAGCAAAUUCUGAGAGAUCUUGUCACCACCAGGCCUGCCCUAAAAGAGCUCCUGAAGGAAGCACUAAACAUGGAAAGGAACAACCAGUACCAGCCACUGCAAAAACAUGCCAAAGUGUAAAGACCAUCAAGGCUAGGAAGAAACUGCAUCAACUAAUGAGCAAAAUAACCAGCUAACAUCAUAAUGACAGGAUCAAAUUCACACAUAACAAUACUAACCUUAAAUGUAAAUGGGCUAAGUGUUCCAAUUAAAAGACACAGACUGGCAAAUUGGAUAAAGACUCAAGACCCAUCAGUGUGCUGUAUUCAGGAAACCCAUCUCACGUGCAGAGACACAUAGGCUCAAAAUAAAGGGAUGGAGGAAGAUCUACCAAGCAAAUGGAAAACAAAAAAAGGCAGGGGUUGCAAUCCUAGUCUCUGAUAAAACAGACUUUAAACCAACAAAGAUCAAAAGAGACAAAGAAGGCCAUUACAUAAUGGUAAAGGGAUCAAUUCAACAAGAAGAACUAACCUAAAUAUAUACGCACCCAAUACAGGAGCACCCAGAUUCAUAAAGCAAGUCCUUAAUGACCUACAAAGAGACUUAGACUCCCACACAAUAAUAAUGGGAGACUUUAACACCCCACUGUCAACAUUAGACAGAUCAACAACACAAAGUUAACAAGGAUAUCCAGGACUUGAACUCAGCUCUGCACCAAGCGGACCUAAUACACAUCUACAGAACUCUCCACCCCAAAUCAACAGAAUAUACAUUCUUCUCAGCACCACAUCACACUUAUUCCAAAAUUGACCACAUAGUUGGAAGUAAAGCACUCCUCAGCAAAUGUAAAAGAACAGAAAUUAUAACAAACUGUCUCUCAGACCACAGUGCAAUCAAACUAGAACUCAGGAUUAAGAAACUCACUCAAAACCACUCAACUACAUGGAAACUGAACAACCUGCUCUUGAAUGACUACUGGGUACAUAAUGAAAUGAAAGCAGAAAUAAAGAUGUCCUUUGAAACCAAUGAGAACAAAGAUACAACAUACCGGAAUCUCUGGGACACAUUCAAAGCAGUGUGUAGAGGGAAAUGUAUAGCACUAAAUGCCCACAAGAGAAAGCAGGAAAGAUCUAAAAUUGACACCCUAACAUCACAAUUAAAAGAGCUAGAGAAGCAAGAGCAAACACAUUCAAAAGCUAGCAGAAGGCAAGAAAUAACUAAGAUCAGAGCAGAACUGAAGGAAAUAGACACAAAAAACCCUUCAAAAAAUCAAUGAAUCCAGGAGCUGGUUUUUUGAAAAGAUCAACAAAAUUGAUAGACCACUAGCAAGACUAAUGAAGAAAAGAGAGAAGAAUCAAAUAGAUGCAAUACAAAAUGACAAAGGGGAUAUCACCAUCAGUCCCACAGAAAUACAAACUACCAUCAGAGAAUACUAUAAACAUGUCUAUGCAAAUAAACUAGAAACUAAUCUAGAAGAAAUGAAUAAAUUCCUGGACACAUACACCCUCCCAAGACUAAACCAGGAAGAAGUUGAAUCUCUGAAUAGACCAAUAACAGGAUCUGAAAUUGAGGCAAUAGUUAAUAGCUUACCAACCAAAAAAAGUCCAGGACCAGAUGGAUUCACAGCCGAAUUCUACCAGAGGUACAAGGAGGAGCUGGUACCAUUCCUUCUGAAACUAUUCCAAUCAACAGAAAAA